CAAAUGUGCAAUACCAAGAUGUCCUCCCUUACGGAUGCUUCUUCUGUUACCGCUUCGGAGCAAGAGGCCCUGGUUAAACCAAAGCCACUAUUGCUGAAGUUGUUAAAGAUAGCUGGUGCAGAAAAGGACACUUUUACUAUGAAGGAGGUAAUAUUCUAUCUUGGACAAUAUAUUAUGUCUAAACAAUUAUAUGAUGAAAAACAGCAACAUAUUGUACACUGUGCAAAUGAUCUCCUGGGGGAUUUAUUUGGAGUAACAAGCUUUUCAGUAAAAGAACACAGGAGACUGUAUUCAAUGAUUUCCAGAAAUCUGAUAGCAAUCAAUCAACAAGACUCUACGCUUCCUGACACACCUGAGGAUGAUGCCAGAUUUCAGCUUGAAGAAGAAAAUGUUCUAAAGGAGUCUAUGCAAGAGUUAGAAGAGAAGCAGACUUCAUCAAACGUGACUUCCCGACCAACUACAUCUUCUAGGAGGAGAACACACAGUGAAUCUGAAGAAAAUUCUUCAGAUGAUCUGCACAGUGACAGAAGAAAACGACACAAGUCAGACAGCAUUUCAUUGACGUUUGAUGAAAGUCUCUCAUGGUGUGUAGUCAGUGGUCUGUGCCGUGAAAGAAGCAAUAGCAGUGAUUCAACAGAUUCUCUUUCCAUUCCUGAUCUUGAUGCUAGUUCAUUAAGCGAAAACUCUGAUUGGCUUGACCACAGUUCUGUUUCAGACCAGUUCAGUGUAGAGUUUGAAGUUGAGUCUAUUUAUUCAGAAGACUACAGCCAUAAUGAAGAAGGACAGGAGCUCACAGAUGAAGAUGAUGAGGUAUAUCAGCUGACUAUUUACCAGGAUGAAGAUAGUGAUGCUGAUUCAUUUGAUGAAGAUCCAGAGAUUUCUCUAGCUGAUUAUUGGAAGUGUCCUGAAUGUAGUGAAAUGAAUCCUCCGCUUCCACGACAUUGCCACAGAUGCUGGGCCCUUCGUGAGGACUGGCUUCCAGAUGAAAAGUGUGACAAAUUCUUAAAGAGCAAAUCGGAAGGUUCUUUCCCCCUAGAGUCUGAAGAAGGUUUUGAUGUUCCUGACUGCAAGAAGGUGAAAAUGACUGAAGAUAAAGAACCAUCUGUAGAGGAGAACGAGGAUAAAGCAGUACAAAUUUCUGAGUCCCAGGAAAGUGAAGAUUAUUCUCAGCCAUCGACAUCGAGCAGCAUGUUUUGUAGCAGUCAGGAGGACUAUAAGGAGCCUGAGAAGAGAGAAGUGCAAGACAAAGAGGAAAGCAUGGAAUCCAGUCUGCCUGUUUCCAGCAUAGAGCCCUGUGUUAUAUGUCAGAGCAGACCUAAAAAUGGCUGCAUAGUACAUGGCAAAACGGGACACCUCAUGUCAUGUUUUACGUGCGCGAGAAAACUUAAGAAGAGGAACAAGCCCUGUCCGGUGUGCAGACAGCCCAUACAAAUGAUUGUAUUAACUUAUUUUAGUUAGAUGGAUGUUGACUGGAAAGCAGCAAAAGAAACUUCAUAAACUGGUUAAGAGAGUAAGAAACUAUUUUUAUAUGCUUAUUGGAAAAUUAAUAUUUUGGAUCUCUUUACAUUUGGUAUGAAAAGUAACUGCUGAAAUGAAUGCACUGGAGCUGUUAAGAGGUUAGCCUAAUAUUUGUAAGUCAACUUGAAGAUUUUAAAUCCCUCUCAACAGAAAGAACCAAUUCCUGUAAACUCUCCGCAUCUCCAAGUGUUUUAUGUUCCAUACCAGUUAGUGAUAUUUGUUUUACUGGAUUA